AUGUUUUCCCAGAAAUGCUGUAUUGGUGCCCUACUUUUAUUGCUGGGCUGUCUAUCCGUAUCCGGUGGCAAAUUGAAAUUGGUGGCUUUGAAAGGUCCCCAUGGCGGAUUUGUGGGGUUGAAAUAUCGUAAACCCAAGUUGUUGGGUUUGAAACAUCAUGGCUUUGGCCAUGGUUUGGGACAUGGCUUUGGCGGUGGAUUCGGCCAUGGUCUUGGUGGCGGUUUUGGCCAUGGCGGUGGAUUUGGUGGCGGUUUCAGCGGUGGCUAUUCAACUUCUUUUCAUAGCUCAGCUGGCUUUGGCGGUUGGCUGGGAAGAUGA